AUGGAUUGGAAGAACCCUAUUGCUACGAUAUUGAUUUCGACAUUGUCUAUCAUCGUAUCACUUAAUAAGCCCAAUAAGAUUGUUAAGUCGACCAAUGAUAUUCUAAACUUAGGAGUGGCUAACGAUAUAUCGUUGAGCCUUGCUGUGUUGAUACCUAUCAUUUCAUCUAUCAACUUGAUAAUGAUCUAUAAAUAUGAUAUAAUGUUCUUAAUGAAGAGAGUGAUGAUAUUAGUAUCCAUUGGGUCCAACCUUCAAAUGUUCAACAAAUUUUUAAACUUUGUCAAUUACAAGAAUUUUUUAGGAAUCAAGAAUUUCAAGAUAUCGAUAACAGAUACUGAUUUACCAUCUGGAUUUAUUGAAGAUAUAAAGUAUGAUGAAAUCUUUGGAGAGGAGAAUCUUGAAAAGGAAAGAAACCUCAAAAGGUGGUUGAAAGUCAACCAUUUUCGAGUUUUAUCGCCAAGCUUAGAGAGAUCUGGAGGUUUAGUUUUCAAUGUAAUCAAUAUAGUAUCGUUAUGCUUGUCCGCUAUUCUUACAUACUUAUACCACAAUGAAAAACGGUGGUAUUUGUCCAACUUGAUAGCCUUAGGUUACAUCAUGAACUUCAUCAAUUCCGUCAGAUUACCUAAUUUCAAAGUUUCAUUUGUUUUACUCUUGGGACUUUUAAUUUAUGACGUGUUUUUCGUUUUCAAAACCGAUGUGAUGGUAACUGUGGCUAAGUCAGUUGACUUGCCCAUAAAAUUGGUUUUUCCAAUGAACGACACUUUCUCCAUAAUUGGCUUAGGGGAUAUUGUCCUUCCUGGUUUGUUUAUUAACUUGUGUUACAACCACAGUAGAAAAUACUUCAUAAUAUCAGUCAUAAACUAUUGCAUUUCAUUGGCGGAAUGUUUCUUUGUGUUAAAUUACUACAAUUUCGGCCAGCCAGCUUUGCUUUAUAUCGUCCCUCAUCUCCUUUUGUCAUCAGUAUUCACAGCUUUGGUCCAGGGAGAAUUAUCAGAGUUGUUUUCAUACGAAAUGUUGAAAUUUGACGAAAACUUUGUUUAUGAUGAAGACAGUGUUGAUGAAAUCAUUGAAGCACAAUCCGAAGAUGAAGACGAAGAUGAUGACUAUAGGUUAGAUAGUUAUGACGAGUGGGAGUUCAAAGUUGAGGAUUUGGACACCGACGUUGAUACUUUGGAAAGCAUUGACGAUAUUAUCUAUCAGUUUGGUGAAGAUAGUGAUGAUGGAACGUUCAUCAUCAAGUCAGGACUGGAAAUGGAAGAAAGUGAUAUUGAGAAUGACUAUGGGGAUGAAGGGGAAGAAGAAGUUGGCGAGGAUGGUGGGAGAAAGGAUGAUGAAGACAUCGAGACUCUUUUGAAUGACAUCCAACGUUCUCCCCGCUAUAGAUAUAUAUGA